UGAACACUACAUUAACGCGUUUCACGAAAUAACGGAUCCACGAUUGUGUUAAUUUUUGUAGACUGUUAUUUUUGUAGCGAUCAUGAGAAAGUUUCCGCGCGUAAAGUUCAACUCCGCAAAUAUAAUUCAAAAGUGAAUUGUGACAUGUUCCCCUAUUGGUACACUUUAUUGUGUAUUUUGACAAGCGACCAAUAAUAACCAUGUUUAUCAGUACACAUUUGCAUGCGUUGUGAAACUAUCGGUGAAUAUUUGCAGGAAGCCGGGGUUAUUUGAAGAAUCAUAUCAAUGCGUGUUUGCAAUGUUUUUCGAGCGAAUAUACUUUAAAUGCAGUUACAAGUUGUGAAAACGUAAGACUCUGUGAAAAUCCCUAAUCCCCGCUCUUGCCGGGGAGUAUCUUACAGGGAUAGUAAUAAUAGAAGAACAACAAAAUGAUGCAUAGAAGAGGAGGGAAAAGAAUACGUAUGGAUGAUCCGGUGCCUCCAGAGUACGAUGCACCAAUGACGAUGCACCAAUGUACAUUUAGCCCUGAACAUUAUUCAUCCGAAAGUUAUAGUUCACCUGGUACAUCACAACAUCAAUAUCAAGAACAAUCAAAUAAUUUUGAGAAUCAAUCUCUAUUUGAACAACCUAUGACACCACUAACACCAACCAAUAUGAGAAUUACGAGGAAUACACGUGCCAGGUUGCGUGGAGGAGCAAUACAACAACCAAAAUAUAAAGAAAUAGAUACUGAUUACAUUCCAACUACUACUAGUAGGGGAAGAGGAGGUGGUGGACGUGGACGUGGGAAACGAACAAAUAAUUCACAUAGUUUGGAAGAUGAAGCUAGCCUUUAUUAUGUUAUUAGGAAUAAUCGCUCUUCAUUAACUACUAUUGUUGAUGAUUGGAUAGAAAAAUAUAAAAUUAAUAGGGAAAAUGCUCUUCUGAUGUUAAUGCAGUUUUUCAUUAAUGCAAGUGGCUGUAAAGGUCGUAUCACCCCAGAGAUGCAGUCAACAAUGGAACACGUAGCAAUUAUUCGAAAAAUGACUGAAGAGUUUGACGAGGAAAGUGGAGAAUAUCCAUUGAUAAUGACAGGACAGCAGUGGAAAAAAUUUCGUGCGAAUUUUUGUGAAUUCGUUCAAAUUUUAGUUCGGCAAUGUCAAUAUUCUAUAAUUUACGAUCAAUUUUUAAUGGACAAUGUAAUCUCAUUAUUAACUGGUCUUUCGGAUUCACAAGUGAGAGCUUUUAGACACACGGCAACGUUAGCUGCUAUGAAACUAAUGACAGCCUUAGUUGAUGUUGCUCUCACUGUGUCAAUAAAUUUGGACAAUACGCAGAGGCAAUAUGAAGCAGAAAGACAAAAAGCUAGAGAAAAGAGAGCUGCAGACAGAUUGGAGUCAUUAAUGGCCAAACGAAAGGAACUUGAGGAAAACAUGGAUGAAAUCAAGAACAUGCUUACGUACAUGUUCAAGUCUGUAUUUGUGCAUCGUUAUAGAGACACACUGCCAGAAAUACGAGCGAUUUGUAUGGCAGAGAUUGGAGUUUGGAUGAAGAAGUUUCAUCAAAACUUCUUAGACGAUUCUUACUUAAAAUACAUAGGUUGGACAUUACAUGAUAAAGUUGGCGAGGUCCGCUUAAAGUGUCUUCAAGCGUUGCAACCAUUAUACGCUUCAGAAGAACUAAAGACAAAGCUUGAACUUUUCACAAGUAAAUUUAAAGAUCGCAUUGUUGCAAUGACAUUGGAUAAGGAGUACGAUGUGGCGGUACAAGCUGUUAAACUUGUCAUUUCAAUUUUGAAACACCAUAGAGAAAUUCUGACCGACAAGGAUUGCGAACAUGUAUAUGAACUAGUGUAUUCGUCUCAUCGUGCCGUUGCUCAGGCAGCGGGUGAAUUUUUAAACGAACGCUUAUUCCGACCUGAUGACGAAGCGGUAGCUGGUAUGAAGACUAAACGGGGAAAAAAGCGCCUACCGAAUACGCCACUUAUUCGAGAUCUUGUUUUAUUCUUCAUUGAAUCAGAACUUCACGAACAUGGUGCAUAUCUGGUAGAUUCGUUGAUUGAAACAAAUCAGAUGAUGAAAGAUUGGGAAUGCAUGACGGAUUUGCUAUUAGAAGAAGCUGGACCUGAAGAGGAAUCUUUAGAUAACCAAAAAGAGACAUCAUUAAUUGAGCUGAUGGUCUGUUGUAUAAAACAGGCUGCCACCGGCGAAGCCCCAGUUGGUAGGGGACCAACUAGGAAGAUACUAUCCGCGAAAGAAACGAAACAAGUCUACGAUGAUAAACAACGAUUGACGGAGCACUCUAUUCAAACACUACCCUUAUUGCUUGAUAAAUACAGAGCGGAUCCUGAAAAGCUUGCAAACUUGCUCGCUAUCCCUCAGUAUUUUGAUUUAGAUAUCUAUAUCAAGUCUCGACAAGAGCAAAAUUUGGAGUCGUUGUUGAAUAAAAUUCAUACGAUUGUAGAGAAAAUGCAUGACACUGAAGUUUUGGACACAGCCGCAAAAACUUUGGAGCAUAUGUGUAUAGAAGGACACGCUAUUUUCACUAGAUGUGAUGUAGCGCGUUCAACGUUAAUCGACUCUAUUGUAAAUAAAUAUAAAGAAGCUAUUGAUGAAUACAGAAAUUUAAUAGAGGGAGACGAAGAACCUGACGAGGAUGAAAAGUUUAACGUUGUUUAUUCUCUUAAGAAAGUGUCAAUAUUUUAUUCCUGUCACAAUAUGAAUCCCUGGGGUAUAUGGGACUCUUUGUAUAAGGACAUUGAAGACGCCAAAGAUCCAUCUAAAUGUUUACCACAUGGAGCAGUGAAGUAUUGUAUUAGUGCAUGCUUUUUUGCAAUUUUGUGGGGACAAAACCAUCUUAUGGAAUCAGUAGAUUCUGGAAAUCGAGGUGAAGAUGAAUGUCGACAAUUAAAAGAACGAUUACACUCUUUCAUGGGCUCCAUGCGGCAUUUUGUUAGCGGCGAUGGCAGUGGCACACCGUCUCCACCAGAUUUACGAGAAGAGGCAUACAAUACAAUAUGCGACUUAUUAGUGCUAUUUUGUAAUCAAUUAACGACACAUUCAAAUCCUUUGAUGCAUCAGUUGGUCUACGAACCUGACCAAGCGAUGCAAAACAUGCUUAAUCGGUUUAUACAAGAAUACGUAUUUUUCGAAGAAGAAGAUGAUGAACACGACGAACAUUCGAAAAUUGAAGAGUUACAUAAAAGAAGAAACUUUCUAGCAGGUUACUGCAAGUUAAUUGUAUAUAAUAUGAUACCUACCAAAGCAGCAGCGGAUGUGUUCAAACACUAUGUAAAAUAUUACAACGAUUACGGAGAUAUUAUCAAAACAACGUUAGGAAAAGCAAGAGACAUUAAUAAAACACAUUGUGCAUUGACAAUGCAACAUAGUUUGAAUAUUUUGUAUAACGAAAUAAUUGCCGAGAAAGGCAAAGUCAACAGAAACAGUGAAGAAUUCACUGCGAUAAAGGAACUUGCGAAACGAUUCGCUCUGUCAUUUGGGUUAGACGCAGUUAAAAAUCGAGAAGCAAUUACUGCUUUGCAUCGAUCGGGUGUUCUUUUCGCCAUUACACCACCAGACGGCAUCGAACAAGAUCCCACUGGACCACCACCGAAUUUAUCAUUCCUUGAAAUCUUGUCUGAGUUUACGAACAAACUCCUCAAACAAGAUAAACGCGUCGUGCUAAAUUUUCUUGAUAAAAGAUUACAAGCAGGAAUGCCUUCCUCGCGGGGAGAGGAUUGGCAGCCUUUACUUCUGUAUAGAAACAGUCUUUUACACGGAGAAACAGAUCAAGUUCCGGUAACGAGCAAGCGUGCUUAUACGAGACGCAAGAAGGAUCAUUUAGCUGAAGAAGAAGAAGUAGAUGAGCCUGAAGAAGGUUCUGAUCAUGAAUUUUCUGGUAAACACAAGAAGAAACGUGGUCCGAGGAAACAUCCAUUAGCUGUAACUAAAGUAUCAAUAACUCGUGGAUCUAGGGCAGCUGGAUUUUACGAAACCAGUGAUAUUACACAGAUGCAGACGUCUCUAUCGGCUAUGAUUGAGGAUGCAUCUACAAGCCCUUCUCAGGAUAUAGAUAAUAAACUUAAGACAAUGCAGAUCCAAUCAAGGUCGCGAAGAAGUCAAGAUCAUUCAGAGCCGAGAGAAUUAAGGAGGACAUCCAGAAAUUCUGGUCGCUAUGUAGAAGGUCAAUAUAUGGAAUCAGAUUCUGAAUAAUAAGAGAGAUUAGGAAACUUUCAUUGUAUCCAAGACGGCCGAAUUUUAGAAGGAUGCGAUUUGUGAUACAUUUUUAAUGUAUGUAUCAGAUUGAAUAGGUUUUAAAUUGUACAAUACAUAGAACGUAUUCAGUCAGGUGUACAUGCAACGCAGAAAACUUUACUGAUCAUUGAGUUCUCCUUUAAGUUGAUAAGUUACAAUAAGUGUUUUUAAAUCAUUUACAUACAAAUUACACGUACUUGUUAUUUAAAAUUACACAUACUUUUCAGUCAAUAUCGUAAUAGGUAUGACUUACUAUUUGUUUCAUAACAUCAGCGUUUUUAUAAUGUCAAAAUCUUCAAAUACUACCGUUAUUAUAAAACUGUUUAAUUAUCUAAAUAAAUGACUAUAAUGUA